AUGCCCCCGACCGCUCCGAGCUCGACGGGCUCCGCUACUCCUGCCGCUUCGAACAUGUCAUGCCCGAAAGCAUUCCAAAUCGAAUGUCGCAUACCGGUUCCGAAACGCAAGAAGACUCAGACGGGCACGUCUCAGAAGGACGCCGAUAGUGACCGUGGCGAACGCAACAAUGAGGGGACCGCUGAACACUCUCCCCGAGCUCGUAGUAUCACGGCCGGAACCAGCGUUCUACCUCACAGAGCCGCCGUUCCUCCCACUGUCUACCAUACAACCGAAGGAACCCCAUCUACUACAGUAACCGAGGCACAGGCACGGCAAGGCGAGAUUGAUAACGGCACCUACGUGAACCUAGUGAUGAAGCCCAAGUUCACGAGAGCCCCGAUUACAGAAGCUGGUCGACGGGUCUACAACCCCGCGGCGCUUACAUUCUACAAGAGAGCCAAGGCUCUAUAUGAUGCCAACUACGAGGAUGAUCGGGUCACUAUCGUCCAAUCGCUCCUUCUUAUGGGCUGGUACUGGGAAGGCCCGGAAGACGUUACCAAAAACGUGUUUUACUGGAGUCGGGUCGCGACGAUUGUCGCCCAGGGGUCCGGAAUGCAUAGGAGCGUCGAACAGUCACAGCUCAAUAUCGCCGACAAGCGCCUCUGGAAGAGGAUAUGGUGGACCCUCUUCACCCGCGAUCGCUCAGUCGCUGUUGCCCUAGGGCGCCCUGUGCACAUCAGCCUGGAUGAUUCAGACGUGGAAAUGCUCACCGAAGAUGAUUUUAUCGAGGAUGAGACGGAUGUUCCAAGCGACUAUCCACCGGACCCAAUCCAUGUCCACUUCUUCCUCCAAUACGUUAAACUCUGCGAGAUCAUGGGACUUGUCCUUUCGCAGCAAUAUUCCGUUGCCUCAAAAGGCCGACCGCGGAACGCUAUCGAUUUGACUCACAGUGAUAUGGCCUUGGCCGACUGGCUGCAAAAUUGCCCCAAAGUUGUUUACUGGGAGAUGCCCCGUCAUCACUUUUGGUCAGCACUUCUUCAUUCUAAUUAUUACACGACCCUCUGCCUCCUCCAUCGUGCGCAUAUGCCCCCACACGGCAGCUCGCGUACACCCAUCGACUCGCCGUAUCCCUCUCGAAACAUCGCGUUCCAGGCCGCAGCCAUGAUUACCUCGAUUGUAGAAAACCUGUCCGCUCACGGCGAACUACGCUACACUCCCGCCUUUAUCGUCUACAGCCUGUUCUCAGCUCUCAUCAUGCACGUCUACCAGAUGAGGUCCCCGGUCCCAUCCAUCCAGCAGGUUACCCAUGACAGGCUGCGAACUUGCAUGAACGCACUCAAAGAAGUGUCUCGCGUGUGGCUGGUUGGAAAAAUGGUUUACACGCUGUUCGAAGCGAUUUUAGGCAACAAGGGCAUGGAAGAGAAGCUGCAAAAGGCGAGUGGGAAAAGACAUCGGAAAAUGCAGCAGAGUCUGUCUCAACUGGACCAGCAUGCACGCGCGGAUGCCACUAAACGCAAGUUCAAUGAUAUGUCGCUUGAUUUUGGUGUCAAUAGCGCACCAACACCUCAAGAAUCGUACGAAAGGUCGCGAUUCAACACAGCUCAACUAGGCAGCCUAUGGCAUACGGGGUUCGACACAACAAUGCAGGAGGGCAUGAGCCCUAGCGAUAGCUGGAGUACCGGAUCGGCCCAGGGACAACCUAUUCCGACGGCGUUAAAUGUCGAAGAUUGGUUCCAAUUCUUUGGUAUCAAUGGCGACGCAAACAAUCUUAACCUCGAUGUUUCGAUGACGUGA